CAGGGCAUUCGGUUUUCCACCCAGCGAAGCACAGACACUUGUCAUGCAGGUCUCCUGUGAUGAUUUGACAAAAAAAGGAUACUCAUAGACCAACCACGCGCGCCCGUCAUUGGCGGUUCUGUUGGUGGGCGUCACGCCGCUCAGCCUUGCCCCGCCGGACCAGAGUAAGAUCCUCAGAUCGCUUCCUCCACCCACUCCACCAGACCAUGAGUGCAAGACUGACACUAUGGACCCCCUCACAGCUCUCAGUACGGCGUCAGCAGUGGUGCAGCUGGUUGACUUUGGCACGAGGAUCCUCGAUGAUACCCACGAGCUGUACACCCAAGGCCGCCUGGUGACGCUCCAGGAGUUGACAACCAUCACCCAGGAUCUCGUGCACGUCAAUCAUCUGCUCGCCCACCGACCGCAACCAGGGGAUACCACGGUAGACCCCAUCUCCGACGCAGAGCAGGUAGGUAGACUCCCGGCGCCAGUCCCUAUCCCCAAGCGUGAUGAAAACUCACCGUCGCCCGCCAGGCACUGGACCAGCUCGCUGCCGACUGCAGCGAAGCGGCAAAGGAGCUGAUCGCCUGUCUGCAAUCCCUGGACGCCGACGUCGGGAUUGGACGCUGGCGGAGCUUCUGCCAGGCGGUUCGCAGCCGGUGGGCCCUGCGCCAGAUCCAGGACAUGGAGGCGCGGAUCCGGGCCUUUCGAGAGCAACUCACGAUUCGCGUCCUGGCAGUGCUGAACACUCGAACCGCCCUCCAGGCGACGCGGCAGGAGGAGCGCUUCAACCACUUGGACCAGUCGCACGCGGACGUGAUCGACGUCGUAGCGAUCAAC